UUGCUCGACGAGAAACCGAACUGGGCGCUGUCGUGCUACGGCCCGAAGGGCGAGCAGCCGAACCUGCUCGGCGGUGACACGUCGUUCGAGGAGCUGCGGUGCGCGGCGUACGCGACGGUGCGCGCGGGAGGGGACGCGGGAGGCGCGCACGCGCGAGCGCGCGAGUACGCCGACGCCAAGGCGGGCGACGUCAAGGGAAUACUGGCGUUCCCGGAACAUCAGCUAAAGUUAGUUUUGGACCGCGUGGAGCGAGGGGAGAUGGCGCCCGCGGGCGCGGAUCGCGUGAUGGACGGAACGGCGAUCGUGGGGGGUGGGGGAGGGUUCUCGAGGACGCACGCGCCGGCGCUCGACGCGAGGGCGACGCCGUUCGCGCCGGCGGGUGGGAUGGCGAGCGGGUUCACGGGGAAUCAGCCUUCGUUGACGCCGGUUGCGACGGGGUUCGUGGCGAGCGCGCAACCGACGAGUCCGUUCGGCGGCGGUCCCGGAGGCGGCGCGAGUCCGUUCGGCGGCGGUCCCGGAGGCGCGAGUCCGUUCGGCGGCGGUAACGCGCCGCGCGCGCCGUCGCUCACGCCGGAUCCGAACGUCCCGAACUCAGAGGCGUGGUGCGCGCCUUCGUUCGACAUCGGAGGCGUGCCCGACGACCCGCCGCCCGCCGCGUACGUUUGA